CUUUAUAUUCUCCAAGUAUAAAGAGUAGCAGAGAGAGAAAGAGAGGCGAGUUGAGUUGAACGAUGUCGUCUUCGUUAAGCGAGAGUGAUGAUGGCGUUCAACGUCGUAAAGUGGUUAAUGAUUAUCGCAAAAAACUCCUCAAUAAGAAGGAGCUUGAAUCCAGACGCAAUUCAGUUAAACUCGAUUUGCGUAAAUCAAUUAAGGAAUUUAACAAAUCAGAGGAUGAUUUGAAGUCUUUUCAAAGUGUUGGUCAAAUUGUUGCUGAAAUUCUCAGACCUCUUGAUCAUCAACGCGUGGUCGUUAAAGCAAGCAGCGGGCCAAGAUAUGUAGUUGGCUGUCGUAGUAAGGUGGACAAAGAGAAGCUGACUGCAGGAACUCGAGUUGUGCUGGACAUGACUACUCUGACCAUUAUGCGAAUUCUUCCCCGUGAAGUUGACCCAGUUGUAUACAAUAUGCUACAUGAGGACCCUGGAAACGUUAGUUACUCUGCAGUUGGAGGGCUUUCAGAUCAGAUUCGAGAACUCAGGGAAUCAAUUGAACUGCCUUUAAUGAAUCCUGAACUUUUUCUUAGGGUUGGAAUCAAACCACCGAAGGGUGUUCUUCUCUACGGACCUCCUGGAACCGGGAAGACCUUAUUAGCAAGAGCAAUUGCCAGCAAUAUUGAUGCUAACUUCUUGAAGGUUGUAUCCAGUGCUAUUAUUGAUAAAUAUAUUGGUGAAAGUUCAAGACUGAUUAGGGAAAUGUUCGGAUAUGCUCGUGAUCAUCAGCCUUGCAUCAUAUUCAUGGAUGAGAUUGAUGCCAUUGGUGGACGGCGUUUCAGUGAGGGCACAAGUGCUGAUCGUGAAAUUCAAAGAACUCUCAUGGAGCUUCUUAACCAGCUGGAUGGAUUUGAUCAGCUUGGAAAGGUUAAAAUUAUUAUGGCUACAAAUAGGCCUGACGUUCUUGACCCAGCCCUUCUUCGCCCGGGUCGACUUGAUCGGAAAAUUGAAAUUCCAUUACCAAAUGAGCAGUCAAGGAUGGAAAUCCUCAAAAUCCAUGCUGCUGGAAUUGCAAAGCAUGGUGAAAUUGACUAUGAAGCGGUUGUUAAACUUGCCGAGGGGUUCAAUGGUGCUGAUCUUCGUAACAUUUGCACUGAAGCUGGAAUGUCUGCCAUUCGUGCAGAACGUGAUUAUGUAAUUCAUGAGGAUUUUAUGAAGGCCGUGCGCAAACUGACCGAAGCAAAGAAACUGGAAGCAAGUGCCCACUAUAAUGCAGAUUUUGGGAAAGAUUAAUUUUUUUGUUGUUGUUGUGCUACAUCUGUUUAUCUAGCACCACUCAAAGGACUUUUGGAGCAAGUAAUACUCCAUUUACAUUGUUUGGUCUCUUCCAGCCACUAACUGAUAUACUUUUGGAGUAGUUUAUUGGCUUUGCAGUUUAAUUUAUUAAUUAGGUUAAGGUUAUAGACUUAAAAUAUCCAAGGUUGGCCGAACACAUUCUUAUAGACCUAAAGCAAAUUUUAAGUGAGACAUUUUUAAAUGUGAAGUACCAAAGUAAAAUUUUUUAUAUA